GGAUGGAGCAGUUUUACGACUGGAGCAAGCAAAAUCGCCUCAGCUGCUAAAGAGGGUGCUUCCAGAUUUGGAUCUCAAGCAAGUCAAAAGGCAUCAGAGUUAGGUCAGACAUUAAAUGAAAAUGUUCUCAAACCUGCACAGGAAAAGGUGAAAGAGGGGAAAAUAUUUGAGGAGGUCACCGUGGGGGUAUCGCAGUUGGCCAGCAAGGUCCAGGGAGUUGGAAGUAAGGGAUGGCGAGAUGUCACCACUUUCUUUUCUGGCAAACCAGAUGAUAACUUUGAAAGACCAGCUGAGGGAGAGAGCUACCAGAACAGUGGAGGGGAGGGCUACCAGAACAGUGCUGUAGAUCAAAGCUUCUGGGAGACCUUUGGCAACUCCGAUCCACCAAAAGCUCAUAAAUCUCCAAGCAGCGAGAGCUGGACCUAUGUGGACAAUUCCACAGAGAAGAAGAGCUCCGAUAGCUGGGACGUGUGGGGCUCGGGAACGGUCUCCAACAACAAGAACAGUAACAGCGACAGCUGGGAAAACUGGGAGACCAACUGGGAAAACUCAGGAGGGGAGAGCAAGACCAAAAAACCUCCUAAGGCAACAAAAAAGGCGUCUUCGGCUGAUGAUGGGUGGGAUAACCAGAACUGGUAGAACUCUCUUAACCCUGUUUUGCACAGCUAGGAAGGGAGGCUAUGCUGUCUGAUUGAGGGGGGGGAAGUUUUACGUGCAACUGGAGUAUCUUGGUUGACCUUACUGAUCUGUUACUUUUGUGCUUUCCAUUCAUUCUCCUUUCUUCUCUCCUGGUUUAGGAAAAAAAAAAAAAGUAGCAUCUGAAUCUUU